CCACUGAACUCUGUACUUGUUCUUGAGCCUUGUACUUUCUGUCUUUCUAUACAGAAUCUGCUGUUGGCUGUGCUCUCAAUGGAGCUUUGGUUUUAGCUGUUCUCUGACAAAGAGCUUGUUCUGAGCUGCACAUCUCGUCCUCUUUGUUCAGCCUCUGGCUUCAACCGCUGAAUCCCAAAUAUUCUCCAGCUGGGAAUCAGACAAGGGCAGAAAUGAAGAACACAGAAGCCCGACAGGAGGUUUCAGUUUCCCAGGGAUUUCGUGUGAUGUUUUACAUGAUGAAGCCCAGUGAAACUUCAUUCCAAACAUUAGAAGAGGUGCCUGAUUAUGUAAAAAAGGCAACUCCAUUUUUCAUUUCCUUGAUGCUGCUUGAACUUGUUGUCAGCUGGAUUCACAAAGGGAAGCCACCGGGUCAUUUGGAUGAUGCUUUAACAUCAGUCUCAGCAGGUGUUCUGUCACGACUUCCAGGUCUAUUUUUCAGGAGUGUUGAACUGACCAGUUAUAUUUAUAUCUGGGAGAACUACAGGCUGUUCAAUUUGCCCUGGGAUUCUCCAUGGACUUGGUCUUUAACCUUCUUGGGAGUUGACUUUGGCUACUACUGGUUCCAUCGUAUGGCCCAUGAAGUUAAUAUUAUGUGGGCUGGACACCAAACACAUCAUAGUUCUGAAGACUAUAACUUAUCCACGGCACUGAGACAGUCUGUCCUCCAGAUUUAUACUUCCUGGAUUUUCUACUCUCCCCUGGCCCUCUUCAUACCACCUUCAGUAUACGCUGUUCAUCUUCAGUUCAAUCUUCUUUACCAAUUUUGGAUCCAUACAGAGGUCAUCAAUUACCUUGGUCCUUUGGAACUGAUUCUUAAUACUCCUAGCCAUCAUAGAGUUCAUCAUGGCAGAAAUCGUUAUUGCAUAGACAAAAAUUAUGCCGGUGUUCUUAUUAUUUGGGAUAGAAUUUUUGGGACAUUUGAGGCAGAAAAUGAAAAAGUUGUAUAUGGCUUAACACAUCCCAUUAAUACAUUUGAACCAAUCAAACUACAGUUUCACCACUUAUUUUACAUAUGGACUACAUUCUGGGCCACACCUGGAUUCUUCAAUAAGUUUUCUGUCAUAUUUAAAGGACCAGGAUGGGGUCCAGGUAAACCAAGACUCGGUCUAAGUGAAGAAAUCCCAGAGGUCACUGGGAAAGAAGUUCCCUUCUCAUCACGUGCAUCUCAGCUAUUAAAGAUAUAUACAGUGGUGCAGUUUGCUCUGAUGCUAGCAUUUUAUGAAGAAACCUUCGCAGAUGCAGCUGUGCUGUCACCAGUGACUCUCCUUCUGAGGGUUUGGUUCAUUAUCCUGACCUUGACUUCCAUUGGAUUUCUUCUGGAUCAAAGACCCCAGGCAGCUAUUAUGGAAACUCUUCGUUGCUUGACGUUCCUAAUGCUGUACAGAUUUGGUCACCUGAAGCCUCUUGUCCCUUCCUUAUCAUCUGCUUUUGAGAUGCAGUUUCACACUUGUUGCCCAGGCUGGAGUACAGUGGUGCAAUCUCAGCUCACUGCAACCUCUGCCUCCUGGGUUGGAGCGAUUCUCCUGCCUCAGCCUCCCAAGUAGCUGGGAUUACAGAGGACAGACUGCCUUCUGACACGACUGUAAGUUUUCUGAGGCCUCCACAGCCAUGCAGAACUGUAAGUCAGUUAAACCUCUUUUCUUUAUAAAUUACCCAAUCUUGAGUAUUUCUUCAUAGCAGCCUGAUAAUGGGAUAAUACACCAUUUGUAUGUUAGUUCACUUAGAAGAAUAGGAUUUCUAGGAAUCUGUGAGAAAUGAGGGUAGGAGGUAGGUCUACGAGAUUUUUUGGUGUAUGGUGUUUGAGAACAUAAAAACAAAAAGGAGACAAUAGUGAUUGUAAUUCGACCUUGCAAGAAUUUAACUGCUUCUCCAUGCAAUCACCACCACCAUGCCGCUUCACCCUAUCAAGUCAACCUAAAAAAAGAAUAAUCAAAGGAGACAAAAAACAUUUUGCUUGCUAUAAAUCUCCUGGCAAGGAUGGAGCUUACAGUGGUUCCAGGUAAGUUAAAAUAAACUCAGAUAGAGGGGAUCCUGGGACAAAUUUGUUAUUGGGAGAACACUGUAUAUUGAAAUACCAAAGCCAGUAUCUUUGAUGUAAACGACAACAGGUGUUAAAGGUUUUCUGAGAAUCCUUGUGCCAAGAACUGAUGAUAGGCCUGUAUAGAGAACAUUAAGCCAGAUGAUUAAGUUAUUGUCCAAGUGCCUAUAGUAAAGGCUUUCAGAGGUACGUAUUCCUUCCACAUUGUUCUCAUAAAGUGUUACUUAUAAAUCAUUGAGGUGUCACUCAUAGAAAGAAAUCACAAUGUGAAUCACAUUAGUGGUUUAUAAUAAGCAUGUGGAAGUGUUUAAUCAAAAUGCAUUAGGCAGCUAAUUUAGAAGAAUUUGGAGGUUCUGUUUUCCACUUUUUUAUUAGUGACACUAUAUAAGAAUCACGGUGCAAUUUUUUUUUCAGUUUGUUAAAUAUUCUUCAGAUGAUUGCCGAAGGCUAUGGAUAAUUUUGCAUGUGAUUUUCAUUUAUUGUUAAACCAACCAAAAUAGUGGACUUACUUCAACCUGCAGUGGAGCAUUUAGCUCUGGCUUAUUCAAUUAUUCCAUAGAAAAACCUUCAAGUAAGAAACAGAGUGAUGCUCUACUCAUAUUUAACUCUAGUAAAAAUGGACUUUAAAAAGUAGAUCCUCUGACUGUUCGGAUACACAAGUUGUACAAAUCAGAAAUGGAAAGAAAUUAAGCAAAGCUAUAGCAAAAUAAUACAAAUUUGAGAACUGUUGCUGAAUAAUUAUAAUUGAUAUUCCAAGGCAUUUAAUUAAAAUUUUCCAAUUUCUUUUACUGUCUUCAUAGCUUUCUUUCAUUUGAUCCUUAAAUCGUUUUUUUUCUGGCAAUAGCAUUUUUCUGACUUUUUUCUGGCUUUUUUCCUAUUGAUACUUAUACAGUUUCAUCCAACACUUAGCACAUUUUCACUUGCUUAUCUUUGGCCAGGAUCAUUUUAAGCAGUAUGUGUUUGACCUUAGCACUAUAUUGAAGUAUGUUGAUGAGGGUUUCUCCGAAGACAGAGGAUAUAGAUGAAUGAGUUCAGGUGUCCUUUGGAGGUGGAGUUGAGUCAUUUAAGAUAUGGGCCUUUUGGAGAACAUGAGACUGUGCUAGACUAUUUCUUUUGGAUUACAUGUCAAGAGGGAUUCUGUGUUCUUCUCAUCUCAUAUAAUAUUACUAUUAAUAUAAAAGGACAAUAACAUCAUAAUAAACAUCAAAGCUAUCCUGGAAGAUCAAAAGUUACAAAAAGUAAUAGUUAACUUCAGGAUAAUAUCUUUGAGAUCAAGAGCUGAGUAAACUAUCUUUAGUAAGAGUAAAGGCAAGAAAAGUUGUGAGCAGUUGCUUUUGACAUCAAGUUAGGGCUAAUCUCCCAUCAGUAUCCUCCAUCUUGUAUCAAGGUGGUAAUACCAUAUUUAAUACUGUGUUUAUACAGACUGUAAUUUAGUUUCUUAUCAGUCAGCACGUUCUAGACUGAAACUCAUGAGUUAUAGGCUAAAUACAAUCCUUGGUUAUACUUUGCUUGAUCUGCAGAGAGCUAUUUGUAAAAUUUUAUAGUUUACCAACAUUUUUUAAUCAGGAGAUUUUAACAACUUGGUUUAGUGGUUUCUCUUGAAUAAGUCAAAGAUCUGGUCACUUUGAGUCCACAUUUCCUUGAGACAUCAAUGAGUUGGGGUAGAGGAAAUCUUUGAGUCCAUGAAUUAUCUUCUAAGCUAGGCUUGAAUUAUUUUAGGUGAUAAGACGUCAAGUAGGAUAGAAAAACAGUGGUGACAGAUAAGAUUAUAAAUCCCUGUAGCUUCCAGAUGUGCACGUAAAUAACGAACUUUCUAUCAUGGAUUAAAGAAGCAUGUUUAAACAUUAGAUGAAAAUAAAUGGAGGAGUAAAAGAAUGUUGUUAGCUUUCAUCCAUUGUGCCAUUUUAGAAGUGGGAGAAACCUAAUCAUCUAGUUUGGCAUUUAUACUUUACAAAUGUGCUCCACUUCUAAGGGAUUGAGUUUCGCUAUCAGUUACAUGGUUAGUGAAGAGCCAGGAAAUGGAUCUAGUCCUCUAAUAUAUGUAUGUAUGUAUAUAUUUGGACAGGAAGUAUACACAAAAAGACAGUAACAUUGGAGUCCACUGGGGAGAAGAAUUGCAAGACAGGCAAAUGGAUAUAGAAGAGAACUUUUCACAGAAUCUUUUAAACUUUGAUUCAUCUUAAUGUAGUACCUACAUUCACCUUAACAUAGUACCUACUUUAAAAUGAGUAUG